AUGAAAAAUCAAAAUAAGUAUUUCCAUUUAGACACAGUACAUCUAUUACCACCUACUGAUUCAGAUCGAUUGCCUUCAAAGCAACGAACAAGAUCAUCAUCUCCACAACCUAAAACAUCACAUACACUACCCAGACCUCCACCUAUACCUCCAAGAGAACCAUUGUCAAUAUCAAAGCCGAUCGAAAUUAACGUACUACUCAUGGGAGAAAUUGGUGUUGGAAAAACAACAUUCAUUAAUGCAUUUAUUAAUUAUUUAACAUUUGAAAGUCUUCAACAAGCUGAAGAAGGAGAACCAGUUGUAUUAAUUCCAGUUUCAUUUCUCAUUACUGUUGGUAAUCGAUUCAAGGAAUUUGCUGUCAAAUUAGGCAAUACUGAUUCGAAUGAAAAUCAUGAACAACAAGGUCAAUCAGUAACACAACAAUGUAAAUCAUAUAUAUUCGAUUUGAAUAAUAGACUACGUUUACGAUUCAUUGAUACACCUGGUAUUGGUGAUACACGAGGAAUUAAUCAAGAUACAAAAACUAUUGAUCAUAUAUAUAAUUACAUCAAUAAUUUAUCUCAUUUAAAUGCUAUUUGUUUAUUAUUGAAAUCAAAUAUUUCUCAAUUGAAUGUUUUCUAUCAUUCAUGUCUUAAUCAAUUGUUAACGUUUUUAACACCAAAUG